AUGGCAACAACAAAUAUCUGGGGCUACGGAUACUAUUUCCGCCAGGAGGAUUUGAGGGACGAGCAGUGUGACCUUGGUUCGCCUUGGUUUGAUAGCGGCCACGGAAGCGCAUGGAACGCAAUCGUGUGUAUGGCUCUAGGACUAGUCCGAGUGGUGAGGGUUGACUGGUGCGAACUCUUGAAGCCCCUCUCUAAGGCUGCAAAGGGACCCCCUCCCCGUCAGCUUGAUCGUGAGACCCCAACAGCUGCAUGUAAUAUGAUCUUUUUGACCUUUCAUUUUCCCAUUCUCAGACGAUCUGCCGGCCAAGAAAGACUAGUAAGUGUCCAUCCCGCACUAAUUUUGGUCAUUAAGCGCGUCCACAUAACCGGGGGAUGGUUGUCACCAUAUCUGAGCCCGGCCACCCAAGCCACGACAGUGUCCACUACGGGAAAAAAAGGGCAGGAGAGCAUGCAGCACUGCACAGGGAUUCGGGCAGCAUCCGAUCCCCGGUCCACGAGAGAUGGGCACGUAGUGUCGUUCACUGCUGUUAAAUCCAGAUCAAACCACGUCACCCCGUGCAUUCCCUCAAGCCAACUCCCAAUACCCAUCGAUAGCGCCACCAUGAGCGAAGACCAAGACUCAGAUUCAGCAACAACCGAUUACCAGUUUGUAUUCGGUACAGACCAGCCAGGCGCCCGCAGCCAUGCGAUGCGACAGUUCUGGAGGCGGAGGCACCAGGCCCUCCAAAGUUCCCCCCAGACAACUCGACCUCAGCUUAGGACACUACUUCCGAAGGACUAUAGCUCAGAGAGCACAGGAUAUCAGCAGGAUGCAUCACAAGGUCAGACCCCCGAUCCACCAGAGGGUGAAGGUCAACCAAGCUCCGCCAACGCGAGAAUUCCAGCUCCAAACGAGCACCGGCAGGAGUCCUCGAUCGUUCAAGGGCCGGGCCCCAGAUUCCCGAUAGAUCUGUCCGCGAAAGACCAAGAAAUCUUCUCUUCAUCUGAUGUUAAACUCUGUUUAGGGCUCGAUCUACAUGCUAGUUUUGGCCCCGGCUUGUCACAGAGUACCGGAUUUGACCCCGUACGUGAUGUCUGGUUGCCUUUGGAUCUAUCCAAUAGUGCCUCGUUUUGCGCCCUGAUGGCUCAUGCGGCAGCUCAUGUCGCCCACCGUCAAGGCCAGACAAAGUCGAUAGAAUCAGAAAAGUUCAGGACCCUGGCUGUGGGCAUCAUCGCGAAAUGGCUGGCCGAUGAAAGAAGAUCGACACAGGAUGAUACGAUUACGGCUAUUGCACGCCUCCUAAUGUUCGAGAAAUACUGGGCCAUCGAUGACCAAUGGCGUGCCCAUAAAAAUGGCCUUGUCAGCGUUAUCAAUGCAAGGGGUGGGGUAGAGAGUUUUCGGUCAAGCUGGCGUCUUCAUAUGGUUCUCUUCCUGGCGUUCUCUCUGGCAGAGCCGUCAAGAAGUUCAUCCCCAGCGCAUGUCUGGGAAAUCUCAGAGUACUUUGUCCCCGCUACCGUGCAUCCAGCAUUCGAACUUCGACUACACCAGGGUAACCCAAAGGCCUCCCAAGGGCUGAUCGCCUACUCUGAUAUCCACGAAACGAUAACAUUUCUGGCGAGUUCCUCAAACUUAUCGGCAGACGCAUCGCCGAAUGUCCAAGAUCACACACUCCUCUGCUUGUUUAUACUUGCCGUGAUAUUUCAAGAAUCACUCUACUCAUCAUCGCCAGAAUUUGGUCACUCCUUCACCGACAAGUUGCCAGUACUAAACGAAGCUCUGUCUAAGAGCAAGACUAUUUUGAAACGCUCCUCGCAGGAGCUAUAUGAGUUUCUGAUGGAGGAUCAUUUCAAUCUCCUGCUCAGCCCCUCAGCUCGCAGCUUCAUCACAAAGGUGGCCCAGAACCUGGUAUAUUUGAACGAGUCCGCACAGGCAGCUGUCGCAAAAUGCCUUCUCAAUAAACUUCUCUGGCAGAGCCAAGACGUGAAGGCUGAUUCACAUCUCCAAAGUGAUGGAACGCGUUCAAUAUAA